AGAGGCAGGGCCUCUCCAGCCUGUGAUUUGUCAGGGAAAUCUCGGCCACCUGCUCCCCUCAUGCACAUGAACCCUAACCCUGACAGCUGCUCCUUGGGCCUCCUACUCUAAGCCCUGUCUUCCCUCUCUGAGCUUGCCUGGGACUCCGGGCAGCCUCGUCCCUCUGGUUCUUGCCUUCUCAGCCCCAGCAGGACCCUGUGAGUCCUGGGGGCCAGCAGUGGGCCCAGCCCCGGAUGGGAGCAGGGGACGGGGUUGCCCUCCACUUGCCAUUCUUUCUCCACCCAGAGCUGGGCCAGGCCUGUCCAUCCUCCUCUCUGGAGCCCCCGGACCUUCCCCCUCUCCCCCAGGAUCAGACCCUGGGGGCAGCUGGUUGGGGCUUGUCCAGAAGAAGGAUUAUCCAGAUCAGUCCCUUCUAAUCUCAGCUCCGGCCUACACCCUCCCCGUACUCACCGUAGCCCUCUCCGCGCCCCACCCUGAGCUAAGGAACACAGUUUUGGGUAUUGACAGUGGGCUGUCUCUCACCCUCGUUCUCUGGCUCCUGGACUGGUUGCUAGCUAGGCCCUGACUGCCAAGAUCAUCACCACUGGUGGGGGCCAGGGCCUGGGGGCCCCCCCCAGAGCUGUGGUCGUGCUGCUCCUUUGCACCCCUCCCAAACCCAGCCCUUAAUCCUCACAGCUUUGCUCUAAUCCCAUGGGGCCUGAUGCUCUGCUCUCUGCCUGGAGACUGGCCGGGGAAGCACCCGCACCCCUUCCUCCCUCCGGGGCUCGUUAUGGGGGGCUGCUUCUCCGUAGAGCCUUGCACUCCUGCUCCCACCCACCCACCCCCCAACUUGGGCUGGGCCCAAGCCUCUCGGAAGCCACACGCCUCCCGCUCUGUCCUCUCCCCCCACCCCGGCCAGCUGACUUCAUUUGCCUGACGUCGCUGGCCCUACCCUUCCCUGUCAGUGCCCCCCCGCCCCCCGCCCCCAGUCGGGGCCAGGCCAGGCCAGCUCCCCUGGCAGCAGAGCCGGGGCAGGUGACGGGCGGGCGUCGCAGCUGAGGGAGUGAGGAGGCGCCUGGGAACCGGAGCUGGAAGCCUAACGAGGUCCAGUCAGAGCCCAAGAGCCGGAGCCGCCCCUCAACCCGUCCGCCAUGGGGGAGAUGGAGCAGCUGCGGCAGGAAGCAGAGCAGCUCAAGAAGCAGAUUGCAGAUGCCAGGAAAGCCUGUGCCGAUGUUACUCUGGCAGAGCUGGUGUCUGGCCUAGAGGUCGUGGGACGAGUGCAGAUGCGGACACGGCGGACGCUAAGGGGACACCUGGCCAAGAUCUACGCCAUGCACUGGGCCACCGACUCCAAGCUGCUGGUAAGUGCCUCGCAAGACGGGAAGCUGAUUGUGUGGGACACCUACACCACCAACAAGGUGCACGCCAUCCCGCUGCGCUCCUCCUGGGUCAUGACCUGUGCCUAUGCCCCGUCGGGGAACUUCGUGGCAUGUGGGGGGCUGGACAACAUGUGCUCCAUCUACAGCCUCAAAUCCCGGGAGGGCAACGUCAAGGUCAGCCGGGAGCUCUCUGCUCACACAGGUUAUCUCUCCUGCUGCCGCUUCCUGGACGACAACAACAUUGUGACCAGCUCCGGGGACACCACGUGUGCUCUGUGGGACAUCGAGACCGGGCAGCAGAAGACUGUGUUUGUGGGACACACGGGGGACUGCAUGAGCCUGGCCGUGUCCCCUGACUUCAAACUCUUCAUUUCGGGGGCCUGUGAUGCCAGCGCCAAGCUCUGGGACGUGCGGGAGGGGACCUGCCGGCAGACGUUCACGGGCCACGAGUCAGACAUCAAUGCUAUCUGCUUCUUCCCCAACGGAGAGGCCAUCUGCACGGGCUCGGACGACGCCUCCUGCCGCCUGUUUGACCUGCGGGCAGACCAGGAGCUGACCACCUACUUCCACGAGAGCAUCGUCUGCGGCAUCACAUCCGUGGCCUUCUCCCUCAGCGGCCGCCUGCUCUUUGCGGGCUACGACGACUUCAACUGCAACGUCUGGGACUCCAUGAAGUGCGAGCGAGUGGGCAUCCUCUCUGGCCACGACAACAGGGUCAGCUGCCUGGGGGUCACAGCUGAUGGGAUGGCUGUGGCCACUGGUUCCUGGGACAGCUUCCUCAAAAUCUGGAACUGAGGAGGCUGGAGGAGGGGAGGUAAAAGGCCAUGAAGACACUCGGCUGCCCUCUCCCCUGCCCGAUUUCUUUAAGAUUUUCUCUUCUACCCCGCAGCCGCCCUUCCCGCCCAGCUUUCCCCUUUGAGGGCGUGGGGAGUACGGGGAGCGUGCCUUUGGGAGGCAACACCAGGGACAUGGGUGGGGAACUGCCCCAUCUCCUCCCAUGGCCUCCCCUCUCCAUGGUCCUGACAGCUUCUCCCUUAAUGAGCAAGGACAACGGACCCCCGGACCUCCACCCUUGGCAGGCCUAGCAGGCUUCCCAUCUGAGGCCACAGGCCCUAGGAUUCCCCCCCACCCAGAGCCACCACCUUUGUCUAGACCCGAGUGGCGCAGGGCCCUCAGCCCCGUGACUAUGGCUCUGGCACCACUAGGGUCCUGGCCCCCUUCUUCGUACUUUCUCCUUUGUCUACCUUCUUGCCUCUCCUAAAGCACUGGCAAUAAAGUAGUGCCCUGGUAUGUCUGUGA